AUGUUGCUCUCAACGCAAGUCAAGACACAUACCAGACAACAACAUCUCAACAACCUCCUCGCCCGCCAACUACCAGCAUGCACAUCUCCAGAGUACAGGCAAGAACACUUCAAGAUCCUCUGCAUGCUCCGUCUCCUCAGCGACAUGCACCCCAAGGACGCUCGAGCAUUGUGGAUGAUCAACCUCUUGAGUGAAGCAUUAGAAAAACUCCACUCCCUCGACGACCCCACCUCAUCCCCCACAGACUCCUUCCGCAAAGACAAUGGCCGCUGGACGGAAGUAUUGGUACGGCGAAUGAUGGCCGAGCUUCUGUGGGAGCACGCUGGUACCGUUGAGUCGCACGACAUUUACGAAACACUCAAGGAGGGUCGCACCAAGGCCGCGUCAGUCAGACUGCACGAGCAAGUGCGUCGGUCGUGGGAAGCAAUCACUGGUGCGGAUCUCUCCACCGAAUUCAGCAUCCAGGUAUGA